UACUUUGUUUUCAUUGGCUCCAUUCGCUGGUAGAAGUCUCUGAAAGGCUGUUUUCUCUGAUGCUGAGUCGGUGUCGUGUUUGAUUUAAACAACAAGUCUCCAGAACUAAGAGAUCAAGUCUCUGGGAGAGAGAAAGAGAAGAACAUGGGAGUCGCUAACUCCAGGGAUCACCAUCUCUACCACCCCUCACAGUCUCCCAUCAAGGUGGUGCUGAAAAGACGCAACGAGCCACUGAAGAAGGAGCGUCUUAAAUGGAAGAAUGAGUACCCUAUGACGGAGGGCCAGCUGAGGUGUAAGAGGGAUGAGUUUUGGGACACGGCCCCAGCCUUUGACGGCAGGAAGGAGAUUUGGGAUGCGCUCCGAGCUGCAGCGGUGGCCGUAGAGCUUAACGACCUGGAAAUGGCUCAGGCCAUAGUGGACGGAGCCUGCAUCACACUACCACAUGGUACUCUGACAGAGAGUUAUGAUGAACUGGGGAACCGCUACCAGCUUCCUGCUUACACUCUAGCCCCUCCCGCCAAUCUCAUCACUGAACGCACCAAUGACAGCGAAGCUCCCGAUCAAAAGGAGCCGAAAAAGCCUCCCGCCUUUCCCAAAGAGGAGUUCCAGCUACAAGUUCGACUCUCGUGCGGUAAGGACCUCCGUAUAAGCGCCUCCAUGUCAGACACCAUCUCCCAGCUGAAGACAGUCCUGGAGGGGCAGGAGGACAUCGAAGUGGCCCACCAACGCUGGUUCUUUGCCGGUAAACUGCUCACAGACAAGAUCCGACUCCAGGACACCAAGAUACAGAAAGACUUUGUGGUCCAGGUCAUCGUCAACAACUACUUACCAGUUACCAAACUCAUGCCAAACUGAGGAGAAAUGGAGAAAGAUGGAUGGGAGAGCAGGAGGAAAGGAUUGAGAUGAAAGGGGGACAGGGAGAGGGGUGGCGAAAAACUGGGAUGGAGUGCAGGCAGAAAAGGAUGGGAGAAUGUUGGUCAACGCCUUAUUUCUCUCCUUUGGAAGUUCAAGCACACCAGGGUCAUGAUCGUUAGUGCACACCGUAGGAAAACGUAACAAAACAUUUUGCAACAUUUCUCAUUGGUCAUGUUCAGAUGGUCCGAAAUGUGGAAAGACUUUUCUUUCAUUUCGUGCCUAGUGAAUAGGACACUGGACGGUUGCUGCAAUGGAAUGUUGGUUGCUGCAACAGAAUGUUGUAAUUAGUUUGUUUGCUUUUGUAUUUCUUAUCCUCUUUUUGUAUUUUCCUAAUAAGCCCACAUUGUUACUGAGUAAAAAUAAACAAAUUCUGCAUAGCCUGGCAAAGCACUGACAAACUGUAUAAUGAACGGGAAGAGAAUCAUGGCAUAUGGAGAAGAGAUAUUUCUCCCAUGAGUCUGUCUGUCUACAAAUCAUUCCUUGUGAGUUUGUCCUUGUGGAACUUUGAACUGUGGAAAGUGUCCUGCCUGAUGGUACAAAUAUUCUAUUGGAUCUCUAUCUGUACUGAAAGCCAAUCGAUUUGUACCCUAUCGAUUGUCUAAUCUUUACCUAAUGGGAGAGAAGAAUAUUGACAGAUUUAUGAACGAAAGUGUAUGUACUGUUUCAAUACUUGUUGGAUCAUCAUAUACAAAUAUUUGUAUAUGUUUAACAAACCCCAAAUAAAUUUUACGUGACAAGGUUCAUGAAAAGUCAACGAUUUGAGGAAAAAGUGAAUAUACCGGUUUAUAAAGGUGAAAAUAGCAGAUUUGAUUUCCAUCUACUGUAUUUUUCGAACCAAUUAUGGAGAAAA